AUGGUCAUCAAGUGGACUGCCGAGCUUGACUCGAUUCUCCUUCACGGCGUCUUCGAAGAGUGCAACAUCUCCUUCAACAAGACGCUUUGCAACAAGAUCGCUGAGCGCGUCACGGCCGCUGGUUUGGAAUGCACCGCCAAAGCCGUAGAAAACCGCCUCUACUCCUGGAAAAAGAAGAACGUCUCCGGCAACACCAACCUCAACUCCGCCACCAACACGCCCUCCAAGUCCGGCGCUUCUACGCCCAAGACCCCCCGUUCCAAGGCCAAGGUCGCCCCGCGCAAGAAGAAGAACGUCUCCGAAGAGGUCGACAGCGAUGGUCCCCAGGGUCUUAUGGACGACGACGAGGUCCUUUCCCCGACUGCGGCGCGUGGCAAGCGUGGUCGUAACGGCGGUCAGAAGGUCAAGUAUGAUGAGUCGAGUGAGAAGGAGGAGGAGGAUCUGGAGGCUGAGGAUAUGUAUGUUCCGAUGGCUAAGCGGGUUAAGGAGGAGCCGGUUGAUGAUGAGGGUGUCGUCGUUGAGGAGCUCGUUGAGGAGGAGGUAUAG